CAUUUUGUUUUAAGCUAUCUAUCUCAAGUGUGUUUAUUGCGUUUAUUGCUGAUAAAACCGAUAAGCCUUAUGUGCAGUUUUGUUAACUCAUUUAGUAAUACUUCGGACAGCGUCGAUGUCAAAGGUUAUAAUGAGUGGACAGUCUACUUCAUCGUUGAUCAAUCUAGUGGAGCAGCACAAUCGCGAUCAUGGGGUUCAAGAAGUGCGCAUCUCAAUUCCCUAUGGUGAAAUCGCCGGCAAAUGGUGGGGACCUCAGAAUAUCCGGCCAAUUUUGUGCCUCCACGGUUGGCAGGAUAACGCUGGAACAUUCGAUACACUGAUACCGCUAUUGCCUAAAAAUGUUAGCUUCCUUGCGAUUGAUUUCCCUGGACACGGCUACUCGUCUCGCAUUCCUGAUGGAUUGUCAUAUCAGGGGAUUAACUCCCUAAACUUACUAGUCGCUAUCAUGAACGAGUACGGAUGGAAGAAGGUUUCGUUUUUAAGUCAUUCCAUGGGUGCUGUAUUGCAGUACAUCUUUGCGGCAGUCUUUCCCGAGAAGGUCGACCUGAUGAUCUCGCUAGAUUCGCUCAAACCGCAGGUUUCCUCACCGGAAAACAUAAUCUACCGACUGACCAACUCAAUUCCGCAACUUAUGGUGGCAGAUCUUCGCAAUCAGCAAAAGUCCGAACCCCCAUCGUAUACAUACUCGGAAAUGGUAGACAAACUGCACGAAGCAACCUACAACUCCAUUAGUCGAGAAACGUGUCCCUACUUACUGCAUCGUAACAUCAAGAAAAGCUUGAAAUAUCCGGAAAAAUAUUUCUUCACGCGUGACUCCCGACUGAAGUACUCGAUGGGAAUGCAUUUCUCGCACGAGGUCAUUCUGGACAUGGCCAAACAGAUUAAGAUGCCAUUUUUGUUCAUCAAAGCCAAACAGUCGCCCUACUUCGAGGAGAAAAAGUACUACGAACAGGUCAUUGGGCAGCUAAAGACGGAUAAUCCCUACUUCGAGCAGCACUUGGUGGAGGGCCGCCAUCACGUGCACCUGUCGAAUCCGGAACGUGUGGCUCCCAUCGUAACGGCCUUCCUGAGCAAGUACUGGAGCAAGGACGAAGACGUCGUCAGCAAACUGUGAUUUCGGAGGGCGUACAAGGCGGUUUUUAAUGUUUUGAGGGAUGAUCAAUAAUUUUUAGUUAUUCAAGUUAGUGUUUCAAAAUUAAAUGUGAUUGGAACUUGGGGUAGGAUGGGUAAGUAAACAAAAUUUUAAGCAAAGAAAUUUAUAAUAUGUCAGAGUCGGUGCAAUACAAUAAAAUAUCGUUUUAAAAUUCAA